GGAUUACAAAGAGAAAAAUCUUGGUUAUUCGAACUGGUGCUCGAAAAACUUGAAUGGUCCUCAUUGUGCUUCAGAUUUAUUUUUACUCUCACAAACGAAUUUAUUCAAGACACAACCAAUAACAUUUCCACUAUGGAAUGUUACCUUUCUGAAGUUGGUCUUAUCAAUAAAGAGUAUUUCACCAGAAGUAUGUAUAUGGGUGCAAUAUUUGGUGAUAUUCGAGUUAAACAAGGGUCGAGGAAAAUUUUAACUGCCAAAUAUGUACGAAUGAUCUUCGACUUCCCACCACUCUUAGAUAUGAAAGAAAAUGAAAUAUUUGACCAGCAAUGGUGCGAAUCAGUUUUGAAUGCAUCUCUACCUGAAGGGGUUGAAAUUUCUAUUUGGUCAGCUGGGCAAUACGAACGUGAUUUACUUUUGACUGCUAUCCACACUAAGAGGUUGUUACCAGUUUUGGUUGUUGUGCUAUGUGCAUUUUCUGUUAUAAGUUCGAUGCGAUGCGAUUUUCAUUUGAGCAAAUCUAUACUUUCACUUUUAGGAUUACUUUCUGCCGGUUGCGCAAUAGUGUCAUCCUUUGGAUUAAUGUAUUUAUUUGGUUUUCGGUUGAUUCAAAUUGCUCUUAUCAUUCCCUUUCUUGUUUUAUCCAUUGGAAUCGACGAUAUGUUCAUUAUGAUAUCAAUUUGGCAAAAAAAUUUACGCAUAAGUGAAGGAGCAUCGAUAAAAGAACUUAUGAGGAUUACUUUUGAGGAAAGCUCGACAUCGAUAUGUCUUACUACUUUGGGCAAUAUUAUCAUAUUUUCAUUCGGCACAAUUUCAUUGUUUCCAGUCAUUCGCAGUUUUUGCAUUUUUUGUGUUGUAUCACUCAUAUUUGUAUUCAUUUUCCAAAUGACACUAUUUGGUGCAUUUCUUGCAUUAGACGGAAAUCGUGAAAUUCAUCGAACAACAUUUGCUGAAUGUUAUAUUUUCUACAUAAUUGGGUCCAUAAUUGCUUUAACAAUGAAUUUCGAAGUCGGAUUGCAGCUUUCAUCACUUGUUCCAUAUGAUUCCAUGUAA